AUGUUCCCCCCUCCUUUACGUUACCCCCCUCCACAGGAUAUGCGUAACGCUGGAAUUUUCGGAGAAGUUUCUCAACUUAUAAAUCCUCCUCUAAAAACUAAGUUUCAAUCUCUGGUGGAUGAACUGAAAGAAACCAGUUAUGCUUCUUAUUGGAAAAAACCACUUGGUAAUGUUAAAGAUCCUAUUCCAAUGCUUCCCGAAGGACUUGACCCAUAUAACACUACAUUUGGAAUUAAGACACCACGUAAAGAAAGCCUUUAUGAUGUCAUAUUACCAAAAGAACCAUUGGAAGAUAAAACUGUCACUUCAAAUUGGCCAGGUGCACAAGUUAAUCGGAAUUAUUGCAAGCCUGCAUUCAAUCCGUACUUAACAUUUGGCUGUAGAAGCCACGUUGAUAAACGAGGAAUAUACGCUAAAUGUUCUUUAACAGAUGACAGAAUAGCUAACGGAAAUGCAAACAGAUCAGUACUUAAUACAAUACAAUCUAAUUAUCUAAAUUUAAAAAAACCCAGAGUUGGAAAAGUUUUAGCGCCUACUGAUAAUUUAAACAAGGUUCCCGAAGGAUUUUCUUUUGGUAUUCUUAAAACAGCUGAAAAUAUUCAAGAUUGUCUAAGCUCUUGUAAAAUCAACCCAGAGCGAGAAUUUUUAAGAAAAUGUUUAUCUCAUCUUAACUCUAUUCGAAAAUAUUUGUCUUCACGGUUUCCUGCAAAAUUUUUCAAUGGUUUAUAUCUAAAUCUCAAAUAUUUUGACACAAACAAAACUGGUUGUUUACAUAAAGAAUUCGUUUAUAAAUUAUGUAAUUCAAAACUUAUAAGGCUGGACCCCUCCUUGAUCGAACCAUUAUUAUCUAAAUGGAAAGCAUUUGAUGGAACAAACAUAAAAUAUAAAUGUUUAGUGCAUAUACUUAAUUUUAGAGAACCAAUUCCGGAUAUUCCACACAUCCCUGAUUAUCCUACAGAUUGUAUUGAAUUGAGAACAACAUACAGAGAAAUGGUAAAACCUGGACAAGAGAUAAAUGAGUCACGAAUGGCUGGUAUACCUUCAGGUAGAUUUUUCGAUCUCGAUUAUCCUAUAACACCUGAGUACUAUUGUAAAGCCGAUAGAAUAUGCUUACCACAAGAGUCGGACGUAAUGUCGUGUAUAUCUCCGAGCAUUUUUACUUUACUACACGUCAACCACCGCGAUAUGUACGCAAAACGAACACCAGAAGUAAUAAAAAGAGUAUUUCAAGCUGCAGGAGAAAAUUUCACCGAUGAGCAAUUCCAGAGCAUUUGGAAUGAAGCCGAAAAGCAUCACUCUCAAGGUUGGGUUUCCUUUGAAACAUUUAGGCAAGCGUUGUAUAAAAUUUCAAAUAGUUGUUAG